GUCACUCACGUAAUUAUGUAUCGAUAUUUUAACAAAGUACUAGGUAGAUAAUGAUAUACAAGAUAUGGUACUAGGUAAACAAGUUUAACUCUGAUUUAAGUAGAGUUUGGUAUCGAUAGAGUAACCAGCUACAACAACUUUCUCGUCAUCCGUAAGCAUGUUUCUGAAACUGUUAAAUGGUAUUGUUUUGUGCAAAAUUUUUCUAUAGAGAAGUUUUUAAAAAUAUAAAUAAAUAUAAUUUCAAAUUUAUAGUAAUUAAUAUUCGAUUAAUUAUGUGCUAAUGGUUUAUCUCAUUUCACAUGCCAUCAAAAUUCAAGCCCAACACCACAUCCGAACUCAGCCUUAUUAAUAUGAUAUUUGUAUCGUGUACACUGUUGGAUUCAUACAUUACAGGGCACUAAAAUAUAGGUAAACUAACCAUCGGUUUUUUUAUCAAACUAAUAAUAUGCCUUUGCUUUACGAUGGGCAAGAUCUUAUAAUUGAGAAUUUGUAGUUGGGUGAAUUGAAGAUAAAACAAGGGCUAAACCUAUAUAAUUAGGGAUUGGUCGGGUUGGGUGGAUUGAGUAAGGAGUGCAUGAACUCCUGCAUACAUGAGAAGGAGAAGGAAGUAGGAUGACUGCAUUUUUAAAAGAGAAACUAAUCUCCGUCUCAAAAUAUAAUAACUUAUAGUAUUCAAAAUUUGUUUCAAAAUAUAACAACUUUUUUAUCUACAUUCUCUUCUUGACUAAUCACAAUAUUCCACCUUUUAAUUUAUUCACCUACUUUCUCUUCUCAACCAAUUACAACCUUUCCUAUCUAAUUUCAAGAACUUUCUUAAUACUUGUUUUCAGCGCUAAAACUUCUUAUAUUGAUGAAGUAGCUUUCCGGUUAAUCUGGCUAACGCACAUAACUAACAUAUAGGGAAGAUAGGGGAGUUGGUAGUGAAUAUAGGCUAAACUUAAACAAACACAAGAUAUAGCACUAAUGGAAGCAAAAGGCUCAGGUAUCAUGAAAAGAGGAUUCACAAUGGUCUCCAAAUAACGAUGUAAGUAUACACAUUAACUAAAUGGUGGAGGGCAGGGGUUCGUCUUUCUUAGGUACGUUAAGAGUUGAAACAAAAUUAGGUAAGUAUACACCCUUGAUUUUUCACAUAAAGCUUAAAAUAAAAUAAAAUGAAUGGUUAAACUUUAUGCGAAAAGUCAGCCAUGUAAUAUGUUUUAGAACGGGGGAGUAUAAAAUAGCAGCCCCUAUUUAGGCUGUGUUCGGCUGGCACGGAAAACGAAACAGCGAUUAGCGCGUGAUUAAUUAAGUAUUUGCUAAUUUUUUUUUAAAAAUAGAUUAAUAUGAUUUUUUAGCAACUUUCUUAUAGAAAUUUUUUUAAAAAAAACACACUGUUUAGCAGUUUAAAAAGCGUGCUUGCGAAAAACGAGGGAGGAAAAUUGGGAACCAUGAUAGGUAUAGAACGCAGCCUUACUCACUGUAGCAAUAUAUAGCAAGACUCACAUCGGUAAUGCUGCAUCCAACUGCCUCGGACGGAAGUCACCAUGGUCGUGCCGUGCUCCCGCCGCCCCCGCCUGCUUUGCCGGGCCCUCCCUGCCCGACUGGUUCCCCCGCCGGCCGCCGCCGCCGCCGCUUGCAUCGCAAGCCUCCCGUCCCGACUCCUGCAGCCUAGUACACUGCCCUAGCCGAAUGAGCUGAUAGUAUUGGGCCAAGACAAGCUGUGGGGAAGAUGAGAGAUGGCCCAAGUGCCGAACUGGGCCACAUACGUGCCUACCGCUUCAGCCUUCCGCCCCCUUAUCAGCGUCGUUACUCUUCUUCUUCCCCGAGCAGCCAGCGCUGCCGUCACUGCUCUGCUAUGGUCAUGCUUGAAUUAUCUUUGCAAAAAUCGGCUGACGAAUCCGACCUGCUGGAUCCGCACUGUAUUUUUUUUCACCUUCGCAAUACUAGCGGAGCAUGAGAGAUAAUCUCUUCCAUGAGCUCCUCGGGUUGCUCGCUCCUCUCCCCCGCCACUUCCGGUCUCCCGCCGAAAUCUCCCUUCUCCAAACGGGCCUCGAAUGGCGCCGCCCUCCGAUGCCGCGCUGCGUUCUCGGGGGACGCCGCUCUCCGCGCCUUCCGCCGGCACCACCUCGACGGCCGCGCCCUCCACGCAAACCCCGCGCUGGUGCCCGCGCUCGCGGCCUGCGCGCGGCUGCUGCCCUCCGCGGCGGCCGAGGCCGAGCAGAUCCACGCCCUCCUCGUCAAGUCCGGCGACCCGCCGUCCGUCUCCGGCGUCUACGCGUCCACCUCCCUUGUGCGUGUCUACGCGCGGCUUGGCCGCCUGGGCGAUGCGCGGAAGAUGUUCGAUGGAAUGCCGGUGAAGACGGUGGUGUCGUGGAACGUGCUUCUUGAUGGGAUUGUGCGAGCCAGCGACUUGGAUGCUGCCUGGGAGGUGUUUGUGGAAAUGCCGGAGCGGAACGUGGUUUCCUGGAACACUGUCAUUGCUGGUUUUGUGAGGCAUGGUUGGGUUCAGGAGGCAGUGGAUUUGUUUGCCGAGAUGACGGUGGUUUAUGGUUUGGCACCGGACGAGGCCACGAUGGUCGGCUUUGUAUCAGCUGUUCGCGAUAUGGGUGUGCUUGGAAUUGGAAGGUGCGCUCACGGGUACGUAAUUCGGCGGGAGUUCUCACUGGAUGGUGCUCUUGGUGUUGCUCUGAUCAACAUGUACACAAGGUGCGGAAGCAUGGGCGACGCCUUCCGGUGCUUCUCAAGUGUCGCCAGCAAGAAUGUGGAGCAGUGGACCUCUGUGAUUGGUGGUUUCGCAGCACAUGGUCACCCAGAGAUGGCGCUGAGAUUGUUCACCGAGAUGAGGCAAUUGGGCAUUGAGCCUAACGGAGUCACCUUCUUGGCCGUCCUGAAUGCUUGUAGCCAUGGGGGCCUAGUCAACGAAGGCUUCAAGUACUUCAACCUAAUGAGGAGCAUGGGCAUCAAGUCGACGAUGCAGCACUAUGGUUGCUUGAUAGAUCUUCUCGGCCGUGCCGGGUUCUUGGAAGAAGCCUUCGAACUCGCCAGCAGUCUACCGGAAGAUCCGGGUCUUGUGAUCUGGAGCUCACUUCUAGCUGCCUGUCAGAGCCAUGGCAAUGUCGAGAUGGCAGAGGUUGCUGCUCGAAAGCUGGCACACGCAGAGCCAAGACAUGGCAGCUCCUAUGUCUUGUUAUCCAACACAUAUGCACGAGCUGGACAAUGGGAAGACUUGAAGAGAACGAGGAGGAAGAUGGAGGAGUAUGGGGUAAUGAAGCAGCCUGGGCUUAGCUGGAUCGAGUUAGAUGGUCGUGUACAUUCCUUUGUCAGUGCAGACAAGUUACACACAGAAAGCGAAGAUAUCUAUCAGAUGUUGGAAGAUUUGAAAGUUAAUUUGGUAUCAGCUGGAAGUGAACCUGAAACACUUGCCCUUCCUGAAAUUUAAUUCAGGGAAUUGUCUGUUUGUAUUAAUCACAUCUCUUUUUUUCACAUUAUUUGUUGAUAGAAAUAUGUUACAUGAGAUUAUCUAUUCAAGCUCAUAUUACCAAUGCAGUAUCAAAAGAUAUUGCAUCAAUCCAGUACAUGUUAGAUAUUACUAAA